AGAAGAUAUAUAUACUUGGUGUAGAUUUGUUCUCCUUUUGCCAAUGAUACAAGACAAGACUUUCUCAUCAUUACUGCAUAUCCUCCUUCUUCAAAACUCGGACAGCCACAAGAUGUUCCAACUACUUUUAACAACCACUAACUCUGCGCCACAUGUUCACCUCCAAGAUUCUAUAUAACAGUCUCAUUAGCCUUCCCUCCUUUGUGGAUUACACAAACAGAUUGUUUAAUCUUAUUAUGUUGAAAGAAGAGAGCAACGAGAGUGGCUUCCUGGUGGGUAAAGAAGACGAUGAUAGAGAGGUGGCUUCGUGGUUGAUGCUGAGUCCAGGGAAAGACAGUGAUAGUAACAACAAUGGGUUCUUGUUUGGUGUUGAGUAUCUUGAUCUUGUGGACUACAGCUCCAGCUUUGACAAUCAGUUCGAAGAUCAGUACAGUCAAUACCAGAGGAGCUUUGGUGGAGAAGAUGGAGUUGUGCCACUUCAAGUUGAAGAAUCAGCAAGUCACCUGGAACACAGCCAUCAUUACAACUACGAUGGUGCCUUAAAGGACCUAAACCACACUAUAUCAGUUUCAUCAAUGGACAUCAGUGUUGUGCCAGAGUCAACAGACAGUGACACAACAGUCCAACACUCUAAAGAGACGAUAGACCAACUAUCUGGCCCACCUACUCAACAGCUAACUCCAGCAGACAGGGAGGCUAGGGUCCUGAGAUACAGAGAGAAGAAGAAGAAGAGGAAGUUUGAGAAGACGAUAAGGUAUGCUUCAAGAAAGGCAUAUGCAGAGAUAAGACCAAGGAUCAAGGGACGCUUCGCAAAGAGGAUAGAAACUGAGGCUGAUGCAGAACAGCUCUUAUCAACAUCCUUAAUGUCAUAUGGAUUUGUUCCUUCAUUCUGAACUCCUACUGCUGUGCUAGAUGCUCUAGAUUGCAUGCUGUAAAUUACUUCUAGUUUGGAUUUAUUACAAGUAGUUAUUACCACUGUUUCACUUAUGGAUCCUUGGUUUUGUGACUUCUGUAAAAUUAUUACGAGUUAAUCAGACAUGUUCAUAUAUA